GUAUAAAAACCCAAUGAAUUGAACUAGCUUUAGAUAUAACCAAACGCCGUAAAAUGGGGUCGAGCCAGAGCAGAAAAAAAAGGUUCCGCAAAUAUUAUACCCUCACCACAACCACCACCUCCGCCGCCACUUAUGAAACCCGCGCCGCCGCGACGCCCUCGGCCCACUUGACGUUCAGGUAUGACGACGAUCAAGUCAACAACGGAGCCACCAAUGUCGUCACCACUGUUGACCGCCGGUCAAACAGCGGAGCUCCCCGUGGCGGGGUCGGUGGCGGCCGGGUUGAUCACGAAGACAACGACAACGACGAGUACAUCGAUCUCAAAGCCACGGAAUACAUCGCAAGGGUGCGGGAAAAGCUGAGGUUGCAAAAUGAAUCCGAGGAUGGAUUAGAGAAUGCGGUUAGGUCGGAGUGGUCUGCCGGUGGUGGUAGCGGCGGCGACGAUGUGGUCUCUCCACCGUGUAUUGAUGCACAAGCCGAGGCCUACAUCUCGUCCGUUCGCGAAAAACUUUUACUCGAAACCCACUCUAAAUGAAUUGAAUUGAAAAUAAAAU